CAGUAUGGUGCCUGCUGGAGAAAUGUCCCUGUGCCGAAAGCCUCCGUAGUCUCCAUGCUGAGAUGCGGCUGGAUCCGGGACUGGCCCCAUGCCUUGGCCGGCCGGCUCUUGGGUUCCCUCCGCAGCAACGGUUCAUCUGACGGGGCACCGUUGCCAGGGUGCGGCCACCGGGGGCUGUCAAGGUGCUAGGCUUGUGUGCUGGGCGCAUCCCACCUGGGGCCUCCUGCCCCCUCCAUCGUCCCUUCUCUUUCUGAAUUGGGGGCAGGAUUCUCCCUCCCUGUCCCAAGCCCUGGGGCCACGUUGCUGCGCGCAGUAACCAGCUGCCGGGCUCUGCCGCAGAGGUGGCUGCCUGUCGGAGGCAUGAGAAGUGGUUCCUGGGUGCAGUUAGCAAAGCGCCCUGAGACCAGUUGAGAUGAAGGAGAAGAGGUUCUCCCUUGUACCAGCCGGAGCUUCCUCGAGAGCCCUGCCAGCCCUGGGCCGGAGCCAGGUUCCCUUUCUGAAAAGGAAAGUGAAAAGUGCGGCUUGGCUUUCUCUUCCUCUCAGCAGCUCCCUGGCUGAGGCACCUUGCAGCCUGACGGGCAUUAUGGCCCCAGACACCCCCUCCCCCAGCUCUCCCACCUUGAAACCCAGCGCUGCUCAGCUCCGGGAGCUAAGGAUUUGCUCUAGAGAAGGAGCAGGACCCGGUUCCUGAGAGCGUUGCCGAGAAAUGCCCCCUGGCACCCGAAGACGUGGAGACUGGCAGCGGGGUGUACUCCUGCUUCAUGAAGUCCCAUCGCUGCUACGACCUGAUCCCCACCAGCUCCAAGUUGGUCGUCUUCGACACCUCCCUGCAGGGAUGCUGACCAUCACUGACUUCAUCAACAUCCUCCAUCGCUACUACAAGUCGGCCAUGGUUCAAAUCUACGAGCUGGAGGAGCAUAAAAUCGAAACGUGGCGAGAGGUCUAUCUGCAAGACUCCUUCAAGCCACUGGUCUGCAUCUCCCCCAGUGCCAGCCUCUUCGAUGCCGUCUCCUCGCUGAUCCGGAACAAGAUCCACCGGCUGCCCGUCAUCGACCCGGACUCCGGGAACACGCUCUACAUCCUCACGCACAAACGCAUCCUCAAGUUCCUCAAGCUCUUCAUAGCGGAGGUCCCAAAGCCGGAAUUCAUGGGCAAAACCCUGGAGCAGCUGAAGAUCGGCACUUACGCCAACAUAGCCCUGGUGCGCGCCAACACGCCGCUCUACGUGGCCCUGGGCAUCUUCGUGCAGCACCGUGUCUCCGCCCUGCCCGUGGUGGACGAGUCAGGUCGGGUCGUGGACAUUUACUCCAAGUUUGACGUCAUUAACCUGGCGGCCGAGAAGAUGUACAACAACCUGGACGUGACGGUGACGCAGGCCCUGCAGCAUCGCUCGCAGUACUUCGAGGGGGUGCUCACGUGCUACAAACACGAGACCCUGGAGACCAUCAUCAACCGCCUGGUGGAGGCCGAGGUCCACAGGCUGGUGGUGGUGGACGAGAAUGAAGUGGUGAAGGGCAUCGUCUCCCUCUCUGACAUCCUGCAGGCGCUGGUGCUCCCGGGCGGGCCCCAGCCCUGAGGGGGGCGCCCUGCUGCCUGCUCUGAGACUGUCGCCGCGGUGGGGCGCUGAGGGACAGGGACCAUGGAUGCCAGGCCCCCCCGGCCCCCCAUCACCCACUGGCCCUGCCACUGCUCCACCAGCAUCACGCCUCCCGAGCCACAGCCCCCCAAGCAGGCGGGAUGGGGGGGGCUGCACGCCAGCCAAAAGCCAGCAAUAAACCCACCCAGUUCUCCCGGGCAGGCUGGGCUGCUCCAUCCACAGGGCAGGGCUGGGCCCCCAGGCCCUACCAGUGCAUCAACACCAUGUGUUGGGCAUCACUUGGCCGGGGAGAUCCUAGCUGGGCACCCUGCACUGGUGCUGCCAGCCCCUCCUGAAAUGGCCAGGGAAGCCCUGUGUGAUCAGCUGCCCCACGGUGCUGGACCUGUUCCCAUUUCUGUGCCCCUCCCCCCUGGGGGCUGGAACAGUUUCCUUAUUUCAUCCCCCUCUGCCCCCGGGGGUCAGAUCUCAACCAGCUCCUGCCCUGCAACACCACACAGCCCUGCCCCCGCGCAUCUGAAACUACCCUCCCCCUGUUCCCCAGUGAUUUCCCCCUUCCCUUAAGAAAGUCCAGACUCUUUUUUUUUACUGAGCAGCUUUUUUGAAGCCUGUCGCUGGAGCCCCGGCCUGGGGCAGGGGCCUCGCUCACUCGUCCUCUCGCUGGCUCAGGGUGGGAACCCGUCUUUAGUCAGAGUCUGGGCUGGUGGCUGUUGGGAUGUGGGGGUGAGGAGAUUCCCAGGGGCUUCUGCCUGGGACCCCACCCCCACAGUAUCUGCACCCAUCGCUGCUCGGUUAUUGUAAGUCUGUAAUAAAAACCCGGCCAUGUGUCUAGAUGACGCUA